AUGCCGGCGUCUGCCAACAACUCGUCAGUGUCGGUCUUUCAUUUCACUUCGAGGAUAUCCAAUGCAAAGAUUGCCAAAUACAAGUCGGCCACGGAGAGAGGCAUGGCGCACUCGAGCACCAGGAACUCUAAAUCAAGACUUCGACGCGCUGCAUCCCCUAAGAGCAAUGGCUCUGAUCUCACCGAGGACAGCCCACGGCCCAGUCACGAGUCGCCAUCUGUCGAGCCACCGCCAGCAAAGAAGCCAAGACUGAAACUUAAUGUUCGCUCUCCCAAACCAAAGCAAGACAAUGGUGAUACUAUCGCUGUGUCGCGCCCACGACGCGAAACUCGAAAACGCUACUCGGAACCACUUGACGAUAUAGACGUGGAAAUGACUGAAGAUACACCUGAAAUUGAGUCUGGAAAAGCUGCGUCACCGGCACCAUCAUCUGGCUUGUCUUCGCUGUCCUCAGCGCCACCCACUCCACCUCGAGAAGAGUCGCCCUUGAAAGACGAAAGCCCCCCAGGAUCAGCUGCCCGAGCUGAUUAUGGCGAUUUCAUGUCCUACUACAUCGCAGGCGGCGACGAAGAAAGCGAAAAUGAGAAAUCACAGGCAGCGCCCAAAGGAAAGCGCAAAUCCAAGUCACAAGCCAAGCCAAAAGUGGAGACUGCCAAGACUUCAAAGGCCCUGAAGCAGCUUUCACGAUCAUCAACUGAGGCAACACCACAGAACGCGACACCAGUUCAUCAAACUCCCUCAGUCAGACAUCCACAACCUCAACAGCAGCCCGUCGUUGAACAAGCGCCAAAUGCCAAUAAUCAGCGAGUGUCUUCUCACCAGGUUCAAAAUGGUCCUAGUCAAACACAGAAUGUUCCGAGCGCACCUCCGCGCUAUCCCCAAGGACCACCGCCGCCAGGAAUGCAACGUCCACCGCCAUUGCCGCUGCCUAACCCACCACCGCCAAUGCCACAGCCAGUCAUUCAUUUCAUCGAUAUAACUCAUGAUCCUAAGCCAAGCAAGCCUGACACUAUCGCAGAUAUGAUCCACAAGCUAGAGACCCUGUCAUCAGCCCUUACAAACUUUGGCGGCGUACCGGCUGUUCCUGCCACACCACCGCCAGACGGCAAACCUGCGCCGCCCAGCAAGGCUCGAGCAAAGAAGCAGACAGCACCUCAGGCCGGCGACCAAAUCGAUGGCUUUCUAUCUUUGUUCGGUGCUGACGAUGAUGAGGAUGACUCUGAGAGUAGUGCAGCAGAGGAUGCGGAAGAGCAGCAAGGAGAGAACGUGAAUGACCAGCAAAAGAACCCAGGUGAUCCCGAUGGCCCAUUGACAUAUGGAAUUCAGUUCAUCCAGAACGCUCUCAAGUCGUGGGCCCAGCAGCGAACGACACAUCAGAUUACACAUCAGCUUCAGAUGCAACAUAACCAGGCUCUUUCAGAGUAUUACAACAAUCAACAACAGAGAGGACCAGGACGUCCUAGGAAAUUUGUCGAGCCACUGCCCGGUCAGCCUGGCGGCCCGAGGCCAAUCCUGCAGAUGGACUUGGCUGAUACCCCAGAAGGCGUCGCUAUCAAAGCGUUCCAGCGAGUUCUCGAUUCUGGCUGUUUACAGGUCAAUGCCCGGUUGCAUGCGGGCCUUAGUCGUGCGUUGCGGCAUCUGUACAUGCAGAUCGAUCAUUUGAUCAACCAAGGAAGCAAGGAGAAUAGCAGUUGGCAGUGUAUGUCGUAUAGUGCGCAGCUAUCCGCACACAGGUUCCGAGUGGAACAGGUCAGGCGGGCAAACGCGAAAGCACAGGAGCAGCAGCAGCAGCUGGCUGCGCAGAUGUUGCCAGGCCAGCAGACGACGAAUCCGCCGCAUUCACAAGCCCAGCAACUGAAUGCGAUUGAGCUCGAGCGACGUAGAAGCAUGCAACACGCCCAACAACAGCCCUACAUCGCUGCACAGCACCUGAAUCCAUUGCAGCUAAAUGGCUCCCCUCCAGCAACGCCAGCCGGACCUUCUCCAUCACCCGCUCCAGGCGGCAUGCCUCAAGUCCAUGCAGCAGGUCAGUCUAUGCAAAACGGCGCGACUGCUGGACCUGCAAAUGCUGGUGUGCAACUUACGAAGAUGAAAAUGUAUGUGCCAGGCUUCUUGCCUCGGUCUGGUCAGUCCAUGAAGUUCUCUUUCGCGCCACACAGCGAGGCUGCCGUUCAGGCAUUCGGAUCUGAGGCCUUCCCGGUGGAACAGGCACCAGGACCUCAAAUGCCGAACAGAGGACCAAUGCAGCCUGUGCGCACAAACAAUCUCAGACCGGCCUCCAAUGGCACAUCUAUGUCAGAUCCACAACCUACCACAAUUGACUUGACCUCUGAUGGACCUGAGCAUGCUUCCAGUCAGCCAGCGCAUGCUCAAGUUCACGUGCCGGUAUUGAAGACUGGCUCGGGUUUCACUGCUGUCAACAAGCCACCUCCAGCUUCAGCAGUCUCACGUUCAACUUCCCUCCCGAACGGAUCGGCAAAGGAAGCAUCGCCAGAGACUAUUAGAGUCGCGCGCAAGCACUCUUCAGGUGCUGCAUCUGCUUCGGCCUCGCCGGCGCUUGGUAAUGGUUCUUCUAGGUUGGCAGCUAGAAUGCCGCAUCCAGGAGCCAUUGUUGAGGACAAGUAG